UUGUUAUUAUUAAUAUUUUUCAUUCAAUAUUAUUCGCAUUUUCUAUAUAACCACUUAGAAAAAAGAUUAAGAAACAAAUAACUAGAUUAGUCUUGGUAACAAUUUUGUUAUUUUAAAUACAAGAAAAAAUAAAUUUAUUUUCAAUUAACUACCAGUCAUUUAUUUAUUAAAUUUCAUUGAAAACAAGUUAUUUAUAAAAUAUAUAAAAAUUUCAUUUUUUGCAUACCACAGUCUUACCUAUACCUUACCUACGACAAAUUUAUCUAAACUCUAAAUGCAGAUAUUUAUAAGCCUAUUAAAAAUGUAUAUGAAAAAAAUAUGUAAAAUAAUUAAAUUAUCUAAACUAUCAACAAUAUUUUCAAUUUUAUUAUAUUUUAUAUUUAUAUCAAUUGUUUUAAAUUAUACAUUACAAGCACAAAUGAAAACUAAUAAAAAUAAUAAUAUGAAUUUAAAUAAUGAUAAUAAUAAGAAAUUUUUGCAACAAAUCGAUAAUAAUAAUGCUACAAUUAUUGGUACUGAUGAACAAAAUCAUAAUAAUAAUAUUGUUGUAUUAAAUAAUGAUAAUAAUAUAAAUAAUAAUAUUAAUAAUGAAAUAAAUAAUUUAAAUGAAAAAGUUAUUAUUGAUGUUGAUAAUGGUGAUUUUGAUGAUAAUUUAAAUAAAAAUAAUAUUAAUAAAAGUUUACCACAAACUGUGAUAUUAGCUGGUAGUUCUGUAACUGAACAAGAAAUACUAGAAAAAAUAUUUAAAAAGGCAAAUAAAAAUGGUGAUAAAUAUUUAACAAUACAAGAACUGGGUCAUUAUAUAAAUAAAAAAAUUCACGAACAUAUAAAAAAUUCAAUAGCAAUGAAUGCUGUAAAUUUUGCUCAAAUUGAUACAUCACCUAAAGAUGGUUUAAUAACAUGGGAUGAAUAUCACAAGUAUUUUUUAAGAGAGCACGGUUUAGAUGAAACUUAUAUACGGGAACAUAAUGAAGCAAAACAUUUAAAAUUGAGUCGUAAAGCUAGAGAGGAUAUGAUGCGUGAUAAAGCAAGAUGGUCAGAAGCAGCUAAAACUGAUCCAUUUAGUUUAACAUUAGAUGAAUUUUUAGCAUUUCGACAUCCAGAAUCAAGCACUGUAAAUUUAUUAGGUUUUGUUGAUGAUUUAUUAAGGCUAUUCGAUUUAGAUGGUGAUGAUUGUUUAACACUAGAAGAAUUUUCAGAUUUAUCUUUAAGUGAAUUUGAUGAAAAGUAUCGAAGACAAAUUGUUUCAAAAACUGUUGAAGCAAGACAGGAAGAAUUUAAUCGUAUUAUUGAUAUUAACAGUGAUGGUAAAGCUGACAGAGAAGAGUUGUUAAAUUAUGUAAAUCCAAAACAUCCAAGAUAUGCGUUACAAGAAGCUGGAACCUUAGUAAAUUUAACUGAUACAAAUAAAGAUGGUAAACUAACACUAGAUGAGAUUUUAACCAACUCCAAAAUUUUUAUGGCUUCAAAAAUGGUUGACACGGCCAAUAGUUUUCAUGAAGAAUUUUAAAAGUAGUCUACUUUUUUACACUAAUUAUUAAAUUUUUAAUUUGUAAAUGGCUGUUUUAAUUUUUAGUUAAAAAAUAUUUAUAAUGUAUUUAUUAAUUAAUUUAAGUAUUAAAUUUUUUUAUAAAAUUUGAUUUAAGUUUUUUAUGUUUUGAUUUU